AUGAUGAAUAUCCUUGAAGAUAUUGACCCUUGGAACGCCAAUGGGAGAUCGAAUAAUGAUCAUUUUAAGCCUACUUUAGCAACAACGACAACGACAACGACAACUACUGCUCCCAUGGCAGUACCAUCUUAUGAUGAAUUAUCUGGGGUUUUAUCAAAGAAUGAAGUUUUGGAUGGGUCUAUAUGGGGGGAACCUGCUCAGAAACCUGUCCAAGAGGUUAAAAAAUCGAAGGAUGAUGCUCCUGGUGCUACAAGAGUUACAUCUUUGGUCAAUGAACAAGCAGAAUUUGAAAGUUGGUCAAAAAGUUUAAGGAAAUCAUAUAAUCCUUUAAGUAUAGAUUUAAUCACUGUCGAGGAAAUCCCUGAAAGAGAAGGUAUGCUGUUUAAACACACAAAUUAUUUGGUUAAAAAUUCUUUGGAUAUGACAUCAAGUAAUAAUUCAGUGGUCAGAAGGUAUUCAGAUUUCAUUUGGCUACAAGAAAUUCUGAUUAAAAUAUAUCCAUUCAGGUUAAUACCUGAAUUGCCUCCAAAAAAGAUAGGUAGCUCUCAAAAUUUGGAUAGGGUCUUUAUGGAGAGAAGAAGAAGAGGGUUGAAAAGGUUCAUCAAUCUAAUUUUGAAACAUCCAUUGUUAAAGAAUGACAAAUUCGUUAAUAUUUUCUUAACUUUUAAUUCUGAUAUCAAUUCGUAUAAGAAACAAAAUAAUUUUAAUGCUGAAGAUGAGUUGACCACCAAAGAGCUAUCACCUUUCUUUAAAAAGAUUUGGAAAAAAGAAUUUGCUGAAAAUUGGAAUAUCGCAAAUAAUACUAUUGAUAAAUUGAUUAAUACAUGGACAAAAAUUGCUGUGAUGGUAGAAAGAUAUGAGAAAAGAUUAAAACAGAUUGCACAUGAGAAAUCCGCUUUGAAUUCUUUAAUUAACGAACUAACCGAUUUAACGCCAAAAUUAUACCCAGUUGAGCAUAGCGAUACAAUUUUGGAUAUAAAUAACCAUCUAGGAAUAGUCAACCAACAUCUAGUAGGUUCUGUAGAGCUGACUCAUGAUACUACCGCUGAAUAUACAAGAAUUUUAAUACCAAAAUUUAAAAUAUUCGUAGACAUAUUAGUGUCAUUAAAAAAUCUAUUUGAGAGGUACCGAAUGCUAGGAGGCAAUAAUAUUGCACAACUUUAUAAACAUGUUCAAAACAAUACAGAAAAGUUAGAAUCUAUGAAGGGCAAGCCUGAUUCAAGUGGUGCAGAAUACGAUAAAAUAAGAACAACUAUCUCUGUAGAUAAAAAAAGCAUAAUGGAGCAAUCCAAUAAAGCAUGGUUGAUAAGAGAAUGCAUUCUUGAAGAAUUCAUUAUUUUCCAAGAGACACAAUUUCUGAUCUCGACUGCCUUCCAAGAUUGGGUAAGACUCAACUCCAAUUUUGCUGGUCUUAAUAUGAACGAAUGGGAAAAGCUAAUGGAUCAAUUAGUUGAUAUGCCUACAUAUAACAAAGAUUGA